UGCUCGCUUGUCUGCUGCUAUUGCUUCUCGGCUCACCUCCACCUUCCCAAGAUGUCCUGCUGCCCUCCAUCCUGUGCAACCCCAUCUUGCCCCAAGCCUUGCUGCCCCAGUCCAUGCCCCUCCCCAUGUAGCUACCCUGUCGGCGGUCUGGGCAAAAUGAGCUGCUGCCCACCUUCAAGCUGCAAGCCUUCAUGUUGUGGAACCUCGACCUCAGCACGUAGCCUGGGCAUCGCCGAGGGGGCCAGCGUCUCCUGCAUCAACCAGAUCCCGCCGUCGGAAAUUGUGAUACAGCCACCUCCUUGCACGGUCGUGAUCCCAGGGCCAGUGCUGGCUGCCUCCUGUGAGCCCCUUCGCGUGGGAGGCCUCACCGCCUGUGGCGGCUGCCCCCCCUGUGGCCGCAUCUGCAGUUCUUCCUGUUAAGCUGGAAACGGAGCUUCACGAGGAUGGGAAUGAAAUGGCUUCCUGAAAAGUACGGAACGGAUUGACGGCUGACGGCUUCACGGACUCGGGUGUCAGAACGAAUGACACGUCCUCGUCCAGAUCAGGAUCAGUAGGUGCUGUGCAAAGUUUCAUAAGCCCAUGGCCCCAACCGUGUGGCAGUUACUUUGUAUCCGCUCUACUCGCACCUUAAAAGAUUUUUUUCUUUAAUCUUCACUUGAUUUUCCUGAACCCAUCUUGAUUUUCGGAUCAGAAGGGUAUGAGCAUCUUCCCUCUGUGGGCCUCUGAAUGUUUCAGGGGCCCACAAAGGUCUUCCUGCCAAAACAGCAACCUGCCUUUCUCUCUGUAUUCAUUUGCUUUGUAGUGGGGAAGGCCACUGU